CACUCGCAGUCCGAAUUCGCAAUCAGUUUGCAAGUGGUAACCGAUCCAUUCAGAUGGCAGCCGCAGUAAUCCAAAAUUUUGGCCAAGAGGAGCUAUACGUUAGCCGGGCAACAAUUCAGUUGCAGUUGCCGCAGGGUGGAGCCAAUUCGACCAUCUUCGAGUGGCGCACACAGGUGGUAACGCCCACGCCAAUACCCGCCCACGAAGAGGAGUGCAUUAGUGACCGCCAGACCACAAAGACUGCCACGCCCAAGAGCAAUUACUACACGCCUCCACGGAUCUUGGGAACGGAGGCGAAACCUAAGAACCUGCAGCAAACCAUAGGCAACUUCUUCGAGGCGGAGCGUUACUCCAGUGCCUGGAAUCGCGUGACGAAGUAGGCGCCACCACAAAAUCUCCCCCAAAAAAGAAAAGAAAAACCCCGUAACCAACCGAAAGGGAAGGCCUAAUCGAUUAACCCAUUAAGUGCCAAAAGCUGCAGGAUAGUGAAAUUCCAUUCCGUUGCCAAAAAUUCCAAUUCAUGCCCCAAAAUUGCUUACUUCGUAGGGAGUGAUGGGCGGAGGAUAGAAGUACUAACCUAGGGCAGACCCAACUAUGUAUAUAUAUAUAAUAUAAGCAUCCCAUGAAUAUUUAUGUGCCACCCUCUUGUAACCCUGAUAAUGCAAUAAAAGUAUUAUUUGAUAGAUAAA